UACUAUCCCUCCAAGCACCUGCCUUUAUCAAGGAAACAGUGGCUGCUGUGCAAUCUACGUCUGCCUUGGACAGAGCACCUGCUCCCUCUGUGGCUGGGAGCUGGGAAGUGUCUCUUCCUUGUAGAUCUCCACUUCAUUUCCCUAGAGACGUUAUCAGCUGUAGCUGGAGAGACUAGCACAUCCACUGUGUCUCCGAAGCAUCAUUUCUCUCCCCUCUGAACUGUGCUUCCUCUAUCAGGAGCUGCACUGAGACUCACCUCCCUCGCCCAGAUGGAGAUAUAAGAUCAGAAGAAUAACAGUGAUACCUAGUGGCCACUAAAGGGGAAUCAUGAAUGAGAAAAUGGAGUCAAAUGUAUCUGUUACCUGGUUUCCAAGGAAAAAUGUAAACAGAACACAAAAUGUGGAGCAGAACGUCACUUAUGUGGACUACUAUCUUCAUCACACUCCAGUGGCAGCAGUUUUCAUUAUUUCAUACCUCUUAAUAUUUAUUCUGUGCAUGCUUGGCAAUGGUGUGGUCUGCUUCAUUGUAUUGAGCAGCAAACAUAUGAGGACUGUUACCAACCUUUUCAUCUUGAACCUCGCAGUCAGUGAUUUACUUGUUGGGAUAUUCUGCAUGCCCACGACAUUACUGGAUAAUAUAAUUGCAGGUUGGCCAUUUGGAAACACAGUUUGCAAGAUGAGUGGCAUGGUUCAAGGGAUCUCUGUAUCUGCCUCUGUUUUUACCCUAGUAGCUAUAGCAGUGGAUAGAUUUCGAUGCAUUGUUUACCCCUUCAAGCAAAAACUGACAAUAUCAACAGCUGUCGUCAUUAUAGCAGUUAUCUGGGUUUUGGCCAUUGCUAUUAUGUGUCCCACUGCUGUUAUGUCUCAUGUAAAAGAAGAUAAACAUUUUAGGGUUGUCCUUAGUGGUAGCAAUCAAACAAAUCCUAUUCGAUGGUGUCGUGAGGAUUGGCCCAAUCCCCAGAUGAGAAAAAUAUAUACAACUGUUUUGUUUUCUAAUAUAUAUCUUGCUCCAUUAUCACUUAUUGUUAUUAUGUAUGCUAGGAUAGGAAUCACUUUAUUUAAGAGUGAAAUAAAUAUUGAAAAUAAGAAUCAUCAGCAACAAAGGCAUUCAGUUUCUCGUAGAAAGAGAAAAGUGAUCAAGAUGCUCAUUAUUAUUGCCUUGCUCUUUAUCCUCUCUUGGUUGCCAUUGUGGACCAUAAUGAUGCUCUCGGAUUAUGCCAAUCUAACAGAACACCAGUACCAAGUAAUUAAUAUAUAUGUUUAUCCCUUUGCGCACUGGUUGGCAUUUUUUAACAGCAGCAUCAAUCCAAUUAUUUAUGGUUUCUUCAAUGAGAACUUCCGGCGUGGUUUUCAAGCUGCCUUCAAGUUACAGCUAUGCUCUGAAGAAAUAGAGAGAAGAUCCAUGUACUCUCACAGGGCUCAAGGAAAUGCCAUUUUGCCAGCAGGAUCCCAUAAUCAAGGACACCAAGACUCCACAUUUGAAAAACAAAGUAACAAUGAAAGAGAAUCUGACAAAAGAAAGCCAUUAACGAGUGAUGAAGACUUGAUAAUGGAAGAUUUGGAAAAGAAUUCAAAUAACAACAGGAUUCGAAAAGACAUGGUUUAAGGGCCAUAAAAAUUCAGCUUUCAAAACAAAUGCACAUAUGAUAAGCAAAGACAAUUUACAGUUUGUGUUCCAUAAUGUGAUUAGCUAAAUCAUUCAAAGAAGUACAACAUGCAAGUCCAUGAUUAAAAAAGUCAUUUGUAUCAUG